AUGCAUAGUCAACUCGAAUUUUAUCAAGAACAGUCGCCCGUGCUUCUUUAUCGCGGUCAACAACUUUCGAAAGACGAAUGGGAGCAAUUGUCUGAAGCAAAAAAUCAUUACAUUUCAAUGAGUUCCUUUCUUUCAACUAGUCUUCAACGAAGCGUUGCCGAGCUUCACAUUAAUGAAAAUAAUCGUGAUGACGAAAUAAACGUAUUAUUUGAAAUAAUCGCUGAUCCGAAGCUUCCUGGUGGUGUGCAACCAUUUGCUGAUGUAUCAAGGUUUAGUCAGUUUCCAGAAGAAAAGGAAGUACUCUUUAUGGCUGGAAGUAUUUUUCAUAUUACGGAUGUGAUUAGUGGAGGCUCAUUCUCAAUAGUAAAAAUGGAACUUUGUAGUAAAGAAAUGAACGAUUUGAAACCACUCUUUGAAACAUUACGCAAUGAAUACGGUGGUGAACAGGCGGGCAAAGAGCAGGAAGCAAGUUUGAACUCAUUUGCCAUUGUGCUGUUUAACAUGUAUAGAUAUGACAUAGCAGACCGAUUUUUUCGUCGAAUCUAUUAUGAAAGUUCUAACAAUGACCCAAAUCGUGUACGCUACUGUUUGAAUAUUGGCAAUGUUGCUUUACAUACAGGUCAUUAUGAAGAAUGUGCUGACUGGUAUGAUCGAGCACUAAAACUGUGCGAAAGUCAUAGCUUCAUCGACCACCCAAUUGAGGCAAACAUUCAUCUGGUUCGAGGAAAUUUAUAUGCAAAGCAGCAUAGACGAAAACAAGCCAUUACUUCAUACAAUAAAGCUUUGACGAUCUAUCGGAAAAACUUUGGCGAAAAUCAUUCGAGAAUAGCUACGUGCUACUCAAACAUGGCUGGUCUUUUUGAACGACAAAAGUACUAUGGAACAUCGCUUGAAUAUCAUGAGACAGCGCUAAAUGUAGCUAAUCAUACGCUACCAGCAACACAUCCGGAUUUGGUAUUUUAUAAUCUAAAUCUCGCAAAGCUAUUGCUUGAACUUCGACAUCGAGAGCUACAACGAGCACUCACUCAUACAGAGAAAGCAUGCGAAAUUGCACAAAAGAUUAUGCCCACCGAACAUCCAAAAUUUCUCGACAUUUAUGAAACGAUGGGGAAAAUCUACGAAUUAAUGCAAGACUUCGAACGUUCAACGUUAUGGUAUAAUAAAGUUGAUGCACUUGGCGGCUGGCAGAUGGCUGACGUUCAUAUUCAGCGAAAAUGGAACAAAAGAAAAGAGUUUACUUGCAUUCGAUGUCACCGACGUACAUGGAUUUAUCGCUCUUUUGAAUGGAUGAAAGAUACCAGACUCAACUGUCUUAUAUUUCAUGAUUUUGGUUUUUUUCUUCUGGAUAUUGAACGAUAUUGUUGUCACUACUAA